AUGAAAUUCGCAAGCGCAUCGAUUUUUGCAGCUCUUGCUCUAAGCAGUAGUAUCUAUGCUGCACCACCACUAAAACUUCCGAGGCUUGCAUACACCACUAGUGUCGCUACCGCAACUGCCACUGCCACUGCAACCACCAGUUUACAACCUAGUUCACAAACCAUGAGUAAUACACCCACUUCAACUAGAACCCCUCUUGGCGAACCGAUUUAUCACACGAGUCCAUUUUUUACAGCCAUUUUAUUACAAUUGAUUCCUGAACAUCAAGGCAGUAGCAAUCUCCGUAAUACCAUGGUUAGUGAGGUUUUAACCAAAGUGUCCGAGGCAAAGAAUACUAUGUAUAGGGAAAAUGGAAUCACGCUUACUCCUGAAGAACUCGACCUUGACCGUGCAACAUCUACUAGAAUCACAGGUGGUAGAAGAUUAGUAGAGUAUCCGGGUAGACAUACGUUUUUUGGAAUAUUGAUGUCCGCUAUUCAAGAUCCACCAAACUUUACAGAUGAAAAUGUGAUGGCUGCAAGUCCCGCAAUGACUGGCUCAUUGCAUUCUGGAGAUGCUCAAGCUGCGCCAUUGCCUGUUCUUGAUUUGGAAACCUCACAGGUGUAUGUCCAAAGUUUUUUGGACGAACUUUUGCGCUUGAUGAGGCAGUUUGAUAUGUGGUUAGCAAGAACCAAGUCAAAUGUCAAGAAAAUCAAAGUUGAACCCAAGAAUACCGAAACAUCUGCACUCAUCACUGCAUUCAAUUCGUAUUUCAGCCAAAUGAUUGCCAAAUUUACACAGGCAACAACUAGCUUAAGUCAAUUACUGCAAAACACAGGUGAACCCAGAGAUCCUAACGAUUUAAUUGCAUUAGGUCUAACUAUAAUAGAGGAUAUCCGAAAGGAUCAAAAAGACGAAAAACCAUUUUCAGAUGCAGUUUACAAGUUUUUCAAACAUGACCUGCGAGCUAAAUUACUAGCCAAAUGGAUACUUGACGUUUGUUUCUAUCCUUUUGAUCAAAUGUUAAAGUCAGGGAAACAACUGAGAAAUCAGUUGAAUGGCAUCGACGGUGAUGAUCCACAUGAUGAUGGUGGAUCGAAUCCUCAACCGGUUGAGCAUGAAGUGGAUCCUCAGCCAGUUGAGCAUGAUGUUGAUCCUCAGCCAGUCCAGAAUGAUGUUGAUCCUCAGCCGGUUGAGCAUGAUGUUGAUCCUCGACCGGUUGAGGAUGAAGUGAAUGUCAAAUUAGGUAGUGAUUUGGAAGAUGUUUUGGAUGAUGAUUUGGAGGAUAGUUCGGACCCUCGACUGGCUGAGCAUGAUUCUGACCUUGACUCUGACCUUGACCUUGACUCUGACCUUGACCUUGGCUCUGACCUUGAAUUGGAGGAUUUGGAGCGUCGGUUCAAGAAGUUGAAAGCUCGUAGAACUUCUGGCCAUUUAGACUAUAAGGGUUUGGGUAGUGGUUUGGAUUAUGAUUCAGAUGAUGACUGGUUUCCUUACGAUCCUCGUAUGUAUGAAUAA